AUUGUCGCAACAACGAAUUAGCAGAAGCGGCUUCAACAUGGUUCUUUGAAAUCAAAGAGAACCUGUUGCGCCUAAUGCUUCAGUCUAGCAUGAAGCUCAAUCGACCGCAUGGCCCCGAGAUUCAGGUGAAUCGAAUGCAUUCUUUGAUGUGCCGCCAGGUCACCCUCGAGAAGAAUCAUAACACUCAGGAUGCAAUCCAUCUUCCCCAAGACCUAUCUUCCGAGAAGAAUAUUACAAUAAACAACCCGCCUGAUUCUACCUCUGGGGAUUUCUCACCAGAAAAAACUGUGUUUGCUCAGGUAAGUGACUGUCUGCCAAUCAUUUUGCUUAUUAACAAUAUAGAAGCUAGCCCUCAUUUUCCUGCAAUUUUCUUGCAAGUACUUUACAAUAUUAAUUUUCGCAAAAAAGCCAUAUUAUAA